AUGGAUUCAGCUGAGUUUGCCACGAAACUAGCUCAACAAUGCGGGCAAACAAUUCUUGAAGGAUCAAAAACAAGAUAUACCACUGGUGAUAAAGUAUAUGAGAAGUUUGGUCAACAGACUGAUUUAGUCAUUGAAAUUGAUAUAAAAGCUGAAGACUUAAUCAAAUCAAAACUGAAAGAAAAUUUUCCGGAUCUUAUGUUUAUCGGAGAAGAGGCGAAAGCUGCUGGAAAUCAUUAUGAGUUUACAGAUAAACCAACUUGGAUAAUUGACCCAAUAGAUGUGAUUAUGGUAUAA